GUUCUGGGAGAUAGGCACAGUCGGACAUCGGUAGCCGAGCGGUGCGGAAAACCCUUGUUUUGAAUUUCUUCCGAGUGUUUCCUGGGGAUUGUGUCUGCAUAUUUUUUUGUCCAAGUGAUCGAGUGAGUGAUUGAGAAAGUGUUCUCUGAUGGGAUCUGCAAGAGGCAGACUCCUGCUGUGGCCAUGCCUUAUCCUAUUUGCGGAUGUUUGGCCAGUGGCGGAGGCUUUUGUCAACUCGCCGAAAAUCAUCAGCAAAGAUGGCAAUCUGAUCUUCGAGUCCGGUGCUAAUCGGAACAUCAGCUUCCGUCUGUCAGGCAACUCUCGGCUGACCAUCAACGAGGAGUACGAUGUCCUUGAGCUGCUGCUGGCCAGCGUGGGAUCAAAAAAGCGGCCCGGUAGUGCCAAAGAUGAAUGGAGCUCGACCGAGGAUUUCGUUGAUAUCCGAGAGCUGGCAGAUCAACUAGCGGACUUCCAGAGGCGGGCCUUUGGUUCGAAUGGACUCAAGAGCAUGCUGCAACAGCAAUUGAACAGGACACGCGGAUCACGGGUUCUGCUGAGACGCUAUCAGGUCAGAUUAAGGGCCAUGGAGAACAAGGUGAAUCGGCUGGAGACGCAGCUGGAUCUCAAUAACUGCCAGAGCGGACCCUGCGAGAACGGCGGCAGUUGCUACAGCACCUUCAAUGGCUAUCGCUGCCAGUGCCGGCCGGCCUUCGAGGGUGCCAAGUGCGAGAUUGAUGUGAACGAAUGCGCCCUGUACGAGGGCACCGAUCUGGCCUGCCAGAACGGAGCCCAGUGUGUGAAUCAGUUUGGAUCGUACAGCUGUCUGUGCCUGCCAGGGUGGCAUGGAAUGCACUGCACCCAGCGCAAGGGCGACUGCUCGCAGGCCAGUGCCUGGGAGCUCUGUGGCCAUGGGUCCUGUGUCCCAAGCUCCGAUGAGGCAGGCUACCGUUGCCUCUGCGAGGCGGGCUGGAAGAGUAACGGCCUGACGCCUGUCUGCGGCGAGGAUGUGGACGAGUGCAGCGAUGCGGCUGCCCACACGCCCUGCUCCACGAAGUGCAUCAAUCUGCCGGGGAGCUUCACCUGCGCACCCUGUGCCCCUGGGCUCACGGGAAACGGCAUCAGUUGCCGCGACCUGAACGAGUGCGAGGCCAACAACGGCGGCUGCAGCCUCAGUCCGCGGGUCGACUGCCUCAACACCUACGGCUCCCACCACUGCGGCGAGUGUCCCGUGGGCUGGACGGGCGAUGGGCGAAUCUGCGAGCGGAACAGUCCGAGCAGCAGCAGUCCCGGCAACUCGGAGCUGGCCACCAUCAGCAGCUGCUCGCCGCGGGGCAGGCUCUGCCAUCCGGCGGCCAACUGCUUCGAGAUCUCCGGCACUGUCGUCUGCAGCUGUCCGGCCGGAAUGGUCGGCACUGGCUAUGGCUCCAAUGGCUGUGUCAAUGGCACGGCCAACAACUGCAAAUCUAAUCCCUGUCUGAAUAAUGGCAUCUGUUUGGAUGCUGGAACCUCGAACUUCACGUGCUUGUGCAACAGGGGCUUCCGACCCCCUUUGUGCGAGCCACUGCCAAAUCCCUGUGACGCGCAUCCCUGCAAGAACGGGGGACGCUGCAACCCCACAAUGUCGAGUGGCGACGGAUUCGUGUGUCAGUGUCUGCCGGGCUACCGAGAUCGACUGUGCUCCACGCGGUUCAGCAGCUGCAAUGCGAUGCUGAGCGCGGAGAGCGGUCGGCUGAGGUAUCCGCCGGAGGGAACCGGAUACGAGCACAAUGCCCAGUGUGCGUGGGUGAUCCGUACAAACGAUUCGCUGGUGCUGAACGUGACGUUCAGCAGCUUCGACCUGGAGGACUCGACCGAGUGCCGCUUCGACUGGCUGCAGGUCAACGACGGACGAUCGGCGGCGGCGCAGAUCAUCGGUCGGUACUGCGGCAACCAUUUGCCGCACGGCGGCAACAUCGUCUCAUCGGGCAACCAGCUGUACCUCUGGUUCCGAUCGGAUAACAGCACCUCGCGCGAGGGCUUCGAUCUCUCCUGGGUGUCGAUGGAGCCCCAGUGCGGUGGCCGCCUUGAAUUCGAUACCCACGGCACGUUGGCAUCGCCCGGUUCGCCGGGCAAUUACCCUAGGAAUCGGGACUGCCGCUGGCUCCUGGUGGCCCCCACCAGCAAGCGCAUCAAGCUCACGUUCUUCAGCCUGCAGCUGGAGCAGCACACGAACUGUAACUUUGACUAUUUGGAGAUCAAGGACUCCCUUUCGAAUCGGGAGCUGGCUAAGUUCUGCAGCAGCGGGCAGCCCGCUCCCCUACUGCUGCCCACCCACGAGGCCAUCAUCCAGUUCCACUCGGACGACGACGGCAGCGACACGGGCUUCCAGCUGCAUUACUCAGUCGAGGAGCGGGUGCCCGGCUGUGGCGGAGUCUACACCAGCAAGGAGGGCUCUAUCCGCACCAGCAGUCUGACCAGUGACGUGCCCAUGUCCUGCGAGUAUGAGAUCCGCCUGGCCGUGGGCGAGUCGGUGGGCAUUGAGUUCGUCACCUUCGAAAUGGAUCGCCAGGACUGUCUGGAGUUGUACGAUGUGGCCGUCGAUGGCACCAGCCUUCUGCAGGCCAAGCACUGCGGUGAGACGCCCGGAACUCCGCCCAGCUUCCGGUCUCUGUUUAAUCGGGUUCGCAUCAAGGCGUACGCCACGCGUGGACGCUUCGAGCUGCACUACAGGACCCUCUGCUCCUACACGUUCGACAGCGACUCGGGCACUGUGCUCUCGCCCGGCUACCCCAAUCUGACCACCAGCGACACACUCUGCACCUAUACCAUCACAACGGCACCCAACAAGUUCAUCAUCAUUAAUCGGCAGGACUUCCAGCUGGAGGAUGGUGCAGAGACGAGCGAUGAGGAUGACCAGGAUGAUGCCUGUCUAGGCACUAGCUUAAGGAUCAACGCUGGCAUAAACAGGCAGAUACUGGGACCCUACUGUGGCAAGCGUCUGCCGGACGAGGAGUUUCUGAGCCGGACAAACCACUUGAUCCUCCAGCUCCAGACGGACGGAAACAGUCGGGGACGUGGCUUCAAGUUCGAAUAUCAGACGGUGGCCGCUUCAAGCGAACACUGCGGCGGUGUGUACACCAAAGAGGGCAACAUACGUCUGCCCGUGGAUGAGGGCGGCCAAUAUGCGAACGAUCUCACCUGCUUCUGGGUGAUCCAGGCACCGCCGAGGAAGGUCAUCCGGCUGCACUGGAUCAGCUUUCAGUUGGAGAGCAGCAGCGACUGUUCGUACGAUCGUGUGGAAAUUUUCGACAGCAUGGAUGCCUACAAGGAGGAUGCAAAGCCGCUGGUCCGGUACUGCUCCAUGGCACUGCCGGAGGACUUCGUGACUCAGGCCCGCCUUCUGACCAUCAAGUUCGUGUCGGACUACAGCAGUGGAUACGAUGGCUUCGAGCUGGCCUUCAGCUUCGUGGACAUCGACAAUUGUGGUGGGCACAUACACGCCUCCAGCGGGGAGCUCAUCUCCCCCGGCUAUCCGAUGAACUACUCGGCCGGGCUCGACUGCGACUGGCGGCUGACCGUGCCCAUGGGCCAUCUUGUCGAGGUGCAGCUAGAGAUAUUCGACCUGGAGGUCUCUGCAAACUGCAGCCGGGACUACCUCGAGGUGCGCAAUGGAGGCUAUCUGUCCUCGCCCCUUAUCGGACGAUUCUGCGGCACACAGAUACCUACGCGCGUCCCCAGCUUCAGCAACGAGCUGCGCCUGUUCUUCCACACAGACGCUGCGGUCAGUGGGCACGGAUUUCGUUUGCGGUGGCGCGUCUUCGCCAGCGGCUGCGGCGGUCGCCUCAGCUCCAAUGAGGGAGUGAUUACCUCUCCACGGUACCCCAGCAAUUAUCCGCACAAUGCGUACUGCGAGUGGCAGGUGAGAGUCCAUCCCGGGUCGGGAGUGCAGCUGCUCAUCGAGGACAUGGACCUGGAGAGCACGGAGGCGUGCGUGUACGACAACGUGAAGAUCUCCACCGGCUCUCGGCAUCCGGGCUUCGAGCCCAUGCUGAAGCUCUGUGAGCAGCCGGACGAGAGCCAUCGUGCGGUGAGCCUUGAUGACAACGAGGCGACAGUCACCUUCCACUCGGAUAUCAACAAUGCGAGGCGGGGCUUCCGCAUCUCCUACACGACUAACUGUCGCCGCAACAUCACGGCCAACUACGGCACCAUCGAGAGCCUGAACUUCAUGGAGCCCUUCUGGGAUCAGAUCCCCAUCAAUUGCAGCUGGACGAUCCGAGCGCCGAGCGGAAACCGCAUCCGCCUAGAGGUCUCCCACAUGGAGCGGCACGAGGAGCGCCUGCCCACAGCUCUACCGGGCGGGGUCUACCUCAUCGAUGGUGGCUCCCUGCUGCCCCUGCUGGGACCGGGUGCCCACAAUGUCAGCGGCGACGUUGUGACCAUCGUGCACAAUGCCAGCAACGUGAACUUUCAGCUGGAGUACCGCAUCGAUGGCUGCCAGCAGGAGUUGCGUGGCGAGAGCGGCUCCUUCCAGUCGCCCAACCAUCCGGGCAUGUAUCCGAACAACCUGGAGUGCUAUUGGCUGAUCAAUGCCCAGUUGGGCGAUACCAUCGAGCUGACUGUGUCCAACCUGGACCUCGAAGAGAGCGUCAACUGCACCAAGGAUGCUCUGACGGUGUCCAAUCAUCCGCACGAGGCGUACGUACACGAGCGCCAUUGCGGGGUGACAACUACGCUGGUCCUCACCAGCGCCGGCCACCGGAUGCACGUACGCUUUAUCGCCGAUGGCUCGCACAAUGGUCGCGGCUUCGAGGCCACCUACCGCACAGUCAGAGCGGAAUGCGGUGGAAAGCUGACCGGCCGGAACGGGGUCAUCCAAUCGCCCAACUAUCCAAUGCCGUAUCCGGAGAGUAGCCAUUGCGAAUGGUUGGUGGAGGUGUCACCGCACCAUCGUAUAGUUUUUGAUGUGCAGGACUUGGAGAUUGAAAGCGGAUACGAAUGCUCCUGGGACUACCUCGAGGCCUUCGACACCAACAGCGGGGACGACGAUACCGAGGGCCGGAGAAUUUUCAAGAUCUGUAGCGACGGUAGCGACGGCGACCAGCAGCAGAUUUCCGGCUCGAAUACAGCCCUAGUGCGGUUCGUCAGUGACGACUCUAUCGCGCGGAAGGGAUUCCGCCUGCACUUCCAUGAGUCGUGUGGCCAACAGAUCACAAUCGAUGACACCGACUUCGAAUACCUCAGCCUGGAGCGGCAGGCGGCCCGCAAUGAAACCUGCCUCUGGGUGCUGCAGGCAUCUGAUCCCGGCAAACACAUCAUCUUCACGGCCACUAGCAUCAAGCUGCGAUCGGAGGCUGACACCAUGUAUCCCCAUGAGAGCGACUGCAUGCCCGUGGGCGUAAAGAUCUACGAUGGCCCUGAGGCUACGGGGACGCCGCGUCUCCGGUUCUGUCGCUCCCAUCCGCCGGCGCUUAUAUCGAAUGGCCAGUCGCUCACCAUCAGCCUGCCCCUGCUUCUGGUGGAGGAGUUCGAGGGCCACUUCAUGACCAUGGACACGGCCUGCGGCAGCCUCUACACGGCCAUAUCCGGCCGCUUCACCACCCCGUACUACCCCGGCAGCUAUCCUCCGAACAUCGAGUGCAUAUGGGUGCUGGCGGCCAGCCAGGGGAACUCCCUGAGUCUGACCAUCGAGUCGAUGGACUUGGAGCAAUCGGACGGCUGCAACAGGGACUAUAUGGAGGUGCGCGAGGAGGUCGAGCGCGGCCCCCUCAUCGGGGUAUAUUGUGGCAAUCAGGUGCCCGGAGUCAUUCACUCCCGGGGAUCAAUCUGGAUCAAGUUCAAGAGCGACGACGACAUCGUGGGCGAGGGUUUCAUGGCCUCCUACAACUAUGAGCGACACAACGAGCUAAACGGCACCGAGGGAAUAGUGCAGUCACCUCAAUAUCCGAGCAAAUUCCAGUCCGCCGAUCCGUACAGCUGGCGCAUAAUCGUGGACAAGAACUAUGUGGUCAUGAUCACAGUAGACCAUCUCAGGGACUUGGACCAUCCGCAUCUGCGCUUCUACGACGGCUACUCGGACAUCGGAGCACAGCUCGAAACAGUGAGCGACGCACCCAUUAUAUCCAGCACCAAUGUGGUGUACUUCACGGCCAGUCGGGGUCCCUUCAAGCUGAACUGGCAGCGCCUGUCCAAGGAGUCGCUGCGGUCGAACCGCACGGCCGAGGAGCAGACGCGCCACUGCGGCCAGCAGUUGCUCCGCCUAAACCAGACAAUGUUCACUUUGAAUUCGCCCGGCUACCCCGGCGGCUAUGAGGCUGGACUACAGUGCGCAUGGAGCCUGGUGCCGGUCAAUCCUGCCAUGCACGCCGUGUUCCAGCUGGCCAAGCUCGAUCUUGAGGUCUUUGGCAAUGGUGAGUGCAUAGCCGACUAUCUGAAGAUCUCGCAGAGUGCUGACAUGCAGACCUGGACGGAGCAGGCAAAGCUCUGCGCCGAACCGAACAACACCUCUCCGCGCAUCUUUCACGGAUCUCCCUACCUCAAGGUAGAGUUCAUCACGGAUGCGAGCAUUAAUAUGACGGGCUUCAACGGUGUGGUGCGCACCGAAUGCGGCUCAGAGUUUUCCUCUCCCAGGGGCCUGGUUAACAUCACGGAGACUGUGCUUUCCAGCCCCCUCAGGCCCCAAGAGUGCGUGUGGAAGUUGCGCGUUCGCCAGGGACGUCGCAUCCGUAUCGACUUUCCGGACUUCCAGCUGGACAGCCCGAAUGGCGGGUCCGGAGCUCCGUCUCCCUUCGGCGGAGGUCAGCAGCAGUGCGGCACCUUUUUGAUGGUGCGGAACGGCUAUGCCGCGGACUCCCCCUUCCUGGGCAGGGGCAAGUACUGCGACAGUGGCAUUACGGAUGUCCUGGAGACGACCUCCAACCGGGCGUACAUCAAGUUCCGCUACCAGGGAUAUCCUCGCUUCCGGGUCACCUUCCGCUUCGAGGAGCUGGGCCACGCCUGCUCUGGCAGAAUCGUACUGGGUCCUGCCGCAGGCGAGCAGCAGGUCAUCACCUCCCCCAACUACCCCAACCUCCCCAAUCCGCACUCGGAGUGCGUGUGGGUGAUCACUGCCCCGUCGCAGCACAGAAUCGCCGUGCAGUUCUUCGGCAAUUUCGAUCUGACUGCGGCGACGGGCGCAUCCAAAGAUGUCACCGAAUGCGACCGCGAGUUCAUCCAGAUGAACGACGGCAGCACGGAGCUGAGGCCCGAGCUGGGACGCUUCUGCGGCAAUCGCAAGCCGAACACGGUAUACUCGUCGGGCAGCCAGCUCCGGAUACGCUACUACACAGAGGUGCCUGAGCCGCUGCACGGCUUCCAGGCCCGCCUCAGCAUCGCCCGCUGCGGCGGCACCUACUACAGUCCGGAGGGGGAGUUCAGUUCGCCGACUCCGGACCAGUUGCAACUGCACUCUGAUCAGGGCAUGGCCCUGGAGGAGUGCGUGUACACCAUCGAAGUGGACAAGGGCAACACCAUCAACCUCGAGAGCGAUAGGCUGCACUUGCCCCAGCCGGAGGGGGCCAACUGCUCCCAGCACACACACGUGCGGCUGGAGGAGAUCGAGGCAUACGGCCUGGAGGGGGAGGAGCGUGUUAUCGAUACCCUGCUUCUGUGCGGCACGAACGACAGGCGACUCCUGGUGGAGACCAACAAGGUUGUGGUGCGGCUGCGGCUGGUCGAUGGUAACCUGCAGGAGAACCAGGGAUUCCGCUUCCGCUAUAAGGCGCUCGGGUCCCGAUGCGGCGAAAAAAUCGUGGCCAUGCAGGGAGUGCUUCAGACACCAGGCUAUCCGGACGGCGUGACCCAUCCGAUGCACUGUGUGUGGCGUCUGGAGGUGCCCAAGGGACGACGUGUCCGCGUUGAGAUUCUCGACUUCAAUACCGGCGGAGAGACAACGACUCGAGGGUCGCCCGCCUUCCGUGGCCGCCUCACCUUCGCCAAUGACCACAAAAUACAAUCCAUCCUCGGACGGUACACCAGCGACCCACCAUCCGAGAUAAUCUCCUCGGACAACACGAUGGGUAUCGAUGCCUUCCUGCUGCCUUUUGGCCGACAUCGCGGCUUCAAGCUACGCUUCAGCGCCCACGGAAUAAGUGAGUGCCGGCUCCUGAACCCCGUCGAGGGCGGGCCCAGAGGAUCCCUGAAUUUUGAGCGGUCGAAUCUGACCAGCAUGGUGCACUGCAGCUACAACCUCAGUCCGCCGCCCAACAGCACGAUCCUCAUCCAGGUGCUGUACUACAAUAGUAGCUCCGUGAUCAUGAGGAACCAGCACAUCUGCGCCCUCCUCUCGCCCCUCAAGCUCUCGCGCCUGGAGCAGUCUGAGCCGCUCCUCUCACACUUCCUCUGCGGAUUCGAUAGCAUUGGCCCCGGAGACACUCCGCCCACCGUGCGAGUGCCCUUCCCCAUUCAGCUGACCGUUUCGGCCAGCAUCCGCAACGAGCUCAGGCAUCUGGCUCUUGGCUAUAGCAUGCAGUCCUGCGGCGGCAUUUGGCCGCUGGAGCCGGGUGACAAUCUGACCAUCCGCCAGCCGACUGGCAUGAGCGGUGUGGCGGGAGCCAUCGACUGUGCCUGGGCCAUCGGUCCCGACAUGGAUGCGAACGGAGAGGACGGACCAUCUCCGCAGGAUAUCCAGCUGGAGGUGUCCCUCACAGUGAACCUGCCGAAUGGAGGUGGAUCUGUAGGUGAGGGCGGCUGCCAUCAGCAGUUUCUCAAGGUGUACAACGGUCCCGACCAGAACUCACCCACUCUGGGCACCUACUGCGACCAGGCCUCGGCCGUCAAUCUGGUGGUGGAGCGCGGUCUCUUCCUGGAGUACCAUGCCGACCGGUACGAGGCCAACUCCACCUUCAAUGUGUCGAUAAAGUACGGUUCGGGGUGCGGGGGCAAGCUCAGCUAUCCGUAUCGCCACAUUGACUUCAGCGAGCAGUACAAGAACAACGUAGAGUGCGUGUGGGAGGUGGAAUCGGAGCCGGGCUACCACAUUGGACUAUCGUUCCUCUCCCGCUUCUACAUCGAGGACAGUAGUGGCUGCACCAAGGACUAUCUCCUGGUCCAACAGCGCAACGAGUCCGGCGGCAACUGGACCGACCUGCAGAGGAUUUGUGGUCGGGCCCCGCCGCAACAGAUCAACACCACAGCCCCCUUCAUGCGUCUCAUAUUCCGCUCCGAUGCCGAUGUGGUGGGCGACGGAUUUGUGGCAAAGUUCGAGCGGAACUGCGGCGGUACUCUCUACGCCACUGCCGACGAGCAGGAGCUGACCAGCCCCGGCUACCCGGGCUAUGAUAAGAACCUCAUGUGCAGCUGGACAUUCGUGCCACAGGAUCCGCAUGCAGCCGGCGUACUGGUCAGCUUCCUGCAGUUCGACUUGGAGCAGGCGCCCAUAAAUGUCUGCCCCUUCGACAACGUCACGGUGGUCACGAGGGAUGGCAACGACCACGUGCAGCAGGCCACCAUCUGCGGGGUGAAGCACAACCACGAGUACCGGGCCAAGCAGUCCAUCGAUCUGACCCUACGCACGGACAGCAGCUACAACGGGCGCGGCUUCCGGCUCGUAUACAGCACUCGGCUGUGUGGUGGCGUGGUCAGCGAGACGGGCGUGGUGGCGUCGCCGCGGCAGCACACGGACAACAUGCUGCCGCCCAGCAGCGACUGCUACUGGAAUCUGACAGCGCCAGAGGGCCACAAGUUCACCAUCAAGUUUGAGCUCCUCGACUUUGAGGGACACUCGAACUGCGCCUACGACGGGGUGGAGGUCUUUGCCGGGGCGGUGCCGAACGAGAGGUUGCGGGCCGGACGCUUCUGUGGGCGUAUCACCGAGGAUCUGCCCACCAUCAGCAUCGGUAGCGAUCGCGCUCUGAUCCACAGCUUCUCCGAUGAGCGGGAUCCCUCGCGAGGAUUCCGGGCCCUGGUGCGUGUGCUGCGCAACUGCGAUGAGCACAUCCAAAUUAACAACUCCGCCAGGUAUGUGUUCAGCAAGUUCUACAGCCAGGAGGGCUACGACCCCAACCUGGACUGCAACAUCGUGUUCAGUGCACCGGCCGAUCAGCAGCUGAGCAUCGAGUUCCGCAGCUUCCAUGUGGAGCAGUCCGAAGACUGCCAUAAGGACUUUGUUGAGCUGCGCGACGGGGCCGGACCCUUUUCGGAGCUCAUUGGCAGGUUCUGCGGCUAUAAUCAGCCGCCAACUCUGACCACCUCCCGGCACACACUCUUCUUGCGCUUCUUCACGAACUCGGACAUUAAUGACUCCGGCUUCGAGCUGACCGUUAGCAACAUUCCGAGGCUUUGCGGCAGUCCGGAGAUUAAGCUGGAAUCCACUGGCCUCAAGCAGGUCACCCUAGGCUCUCCCUCCACGAAGGCCGAAGGCAAUUACGACAACGGUGUCGCCUGCUUCUGGAAGAUCACCGGGGAUGCGGCCCUCAAUCUUCAGUUCGUUAGCUUCGAUUUGGAAGGACCCGAUGCCAGUGGUAAUUGUACGGCUGACUAUCUGAAAAUCUACAACAAUGAGGAUGCCCUGAUGGUGGAGCGGGGCUUUGGCAGUGAGCUUAUUUUCAACGGCCACACGUCCGGUCUGAACAUGCUCAAUUAUGCCACGGAGCAUGUGUAUUGCGGCGCCGGAAAGCCGGACACAUACUACGCGAAUGCCCACGAAGUGUACAUGAAGUUCCGCACGAACGGUGCGGUGACUAGGCCCGGCUUCCGGAUUCGGGUGUCCCUGGACUCGGACUGUCAGCGCCACUAUAGUGGGCUUCAGGGACGAGUGCGGUUGUCGGAGACCUCGGACUGCGAUGUUUACAUCCGGGCGCCUGCCAAUUACACGCUCAGCCUGUACCAGGCGGAGCUGGUGUUCGGAUCAUUUGAUUGCGAUCAGGAGAACAUGCAGGUGUUCGACAGGAACAACCAGUCGCUGCAGCGCGUCUGCUCCUACGUGGAUGCGGGCAAGAGCCUCUUUAGUCAGACGAACGAGCUGCGGCUGCACAUUAAGACCGGCUCCUAUCUGAGCACGCUGGACCUGACCUUCCUGGCCAGCCCCGUGGAGGCGGGCCCCGGGUGCGGCGGCCAACUCUACAACACCGAGGGCAUCUUCACCAAUCCCUUCUAUCCGGACAAUGUACGCAACAACUCCGAUUGCCGCUGGACGAUCCGGGUGCCCAGCAACAACCGCGUGCUCCUGUUCUUCGAGACCUUCAAUCUGGGCUCGAGAAGCACCUGCCACACAGACUUUCUGCAGCUCCUGGAGACGGACGUGGUCACUGGCGAGGAGCGAGAGAUGCGACGGUUCUGCGGCGAUGACGCCCCGCGUGUCUACAAGAGCCAGAGCAGCCAGCUGGUCGUCCGCUUCCAUAAGACUGUAAACUACGACGGUGUCGGUUGGGUCAUUAAGUUCUCCAGCGUCUACUCCAACUACCAGAUACCCGCAUAUAUGCUUGGAGCAUUCGAUGCGGCAGCCUUAGCAUAAUUCUAUCGUAUUAUUUUUAUUUUA